CUGCUAAUGGACACGAAGCAUCCGACGCCGCCCCCGAUCGGAAGCCGUAUUCCUCCGCCGUUAAACGGCAGCGAUUUGCAAGGCGGAGCAUGGGUUCUGGGCACCCCGCUGAUACCCCAACCACAUCCGGUUAGCCGUAGCGCCGCCGCUUGGAUCCCCGUCGAUUACAAUCCGAUUUCUUCUUCCGCCGCCGAUCAUCCGAGCUACGGUAUCUACUCCGCUGCAUCUCAUGCGGUCCCCGAUAACCCUUAUGUGCAUGUCUAUCCAGUCCUCGGAUCCAGUGAUAAGAGGCCAACAGAUACAAUUUUCAAAGUUCUUGACCGUUGUGGAAAGAAGUUGGAAGAGAAAACCAGAAAGACAGUGAAUCUUGCUUGCAAUGUUUGGCAACACCUUAAAAUAGGGCCCAGCAUGACGGAUGCAGCCAUGGCUGGGCUUGCUCAUGGAACAAAGGUGUUUGCAGAAGGGGGAAACGAGAAAAUAUUUCAGCAGACUUUUGGUGUUUAUGCUGGGGAACAACUUCGAAAAGCAUUUGCUUGUUAUCUUUCCACCUCUACAGGUCCGGUAAUUGGGACAUUAUACCUUUCUUCGCUAAGGCUGGCGUUUUGCAGCGACAACCCUCUUUGCAACUACACACCCUCAGGUCAACAGCAGUGGAUAUACUACAAGGUGGUGGUACAAUUAGACCAGCUGAAUGGAGUUAAUCCUUCUUUCAACACUAAAAACCCUACAGAGAAAUACAUCCAAAUUGUCACCUCAGACAACCAUGAAUUUUGGUUUAUGGGUUUUGUGUCUUAUGACAAAGCUCUCCAGCAUCUGAGAGAUGCCUCACAGCUCGCACAUAAGAAAUACAAUAAUCAGAUAUAGCUGCUUUCACUCUGUAUUUCUGUACAAAAUU